UGUGCCUCCAGCUGUCUGUGCCAUCACGGUGGCUCCUGUGACCCUGUGACUGGACAGUGCAGCUGUCCAUCUGGAUUCAUCGGAGACAACUGUGAGCAGGAGUGUGCAGUAGGCAGAUAUGGUGAUGGCUGUGCACAAAGCUGUGACUGUCAGAACGGAGGGACCUGUACCAGCGGGGGGCAGUGCCUGUGUAAGAUGGGAUGGCACGGCAACAAGUGUCAGGGAAACAUCUGUCCCUAUCAGCCUCCCCAGUACAGUAGUGAACACUACACAGAUGAGUUCCACUGGCCCUACUGUAUCCCCUGUCACUGUAACCAGGACAACACAGAGAGUUGCCACCCAUGGGGUGGGCACUGCGAGUGCAACCCUGGAUGGGGUGGGGUGAACUGUGACACGAUCUGUGCGGAGGGUUUCUGGGGUAAGGGGUGCACCACCCUGUGUGACUGCGCUGGCAGCCACUGUGAUCCAGUGGACGGUCGCUGCCUCUGUCCUGCAGGGUACACGGGAAGCAGAUGUAACGAGACGUGCCCAGAGGGUCAGUAUGGAUCAGGAUGUGCGGAGAGCUGCUCCUGUGAGAAUGGUGGAAGAUGUUCUCCACUAGAUGGAUCCUGCACCUGUCUCGCAGGCUAUGAGGGCAAAUUCUGUGGAAGCCUAUGCCUACCAGGUUGGACCGGAUACCGCUGCAACGAGCCCUGCGCCAAGGGAAUGUAUGGCCUUCGCUGUAACUCAACCUGCGAGUGUCAGAACGAGAGUUGGUGCAACCCUGCCAACGGCACCUGUACCUGUCGGCCUGGCUUCACUGGGGUGAAGUGUGACAUGCCAUGUCAGAACAUGACCUAUGGCCAGGACUGUGCGAUGCGCUGUAACUGCUCUGACCAUGCCAACAGCUGUGACCGGCAGACUGGACAGUGUGUCUGUAAGGAAGGCUGGAGAGGUGAGCGCUGUGACUCGAACUGUGCACCAAACCGCUGGGGCGCCAACUGUGCCCAGACCUGCACCUGUGAGAACAGCGGCACCUGUCAUGCUACCCUCGGGACGUGUGAGUGUCCUCUGGGCUACAUGGGAGACAGGUGUCAGACUGCCUGCCCGGAGGGACGUUUUGGUUACCAGUGUAAAGGAGUUUGUUCCGAGCGCUGUCAGAACGACGCCAGCUGCAACACGAUCACGGGAGAGUGUAUCUGUGCACCAGGGUUCACUGGUCCCUUCUGCUCUGAACGUUGUCCUGGUGGUUACUAUGGCGACCAGUGUUCCCAGGUCUGCAGCUGUCAGAACGGCACCUGUGACAACGUGGACGGUUCCUGCACCUGUCUGCCUGGAUGGACUGGGUCGGACUGUGCACAGAAAUGUCCAUCAGGCCGGUGGGGGCAGAACUGCCGGCAGACGUGUGACCACUGCAGGAACGAUGCCUCCUGUCUGCCGUGGGACGGAACCUGCAUCUGCACCGCGGGGUGGGCGGGGCCUCAGUGUGCUGAGGCCUGUCCUGCUGGAUACUAUGGAGAGAACUGUAACAGUGCCUGUAACUGUGUACACGGGGCUUGUGAUCAUAUCCGGGGGACCUGCACAUGUGAUGCUGGCUGGACUGGCAGUGUCUGUAACUUUGAUGUGAACGAGUGUACCCGGCAGGAUAAUGAAUGUAAUGAUAAUGCAAUCUGUCACAACUCUCCCGGAUCCUACCGAUGCGUCUGCCGUCCGGGGUAUGUGGGGGAUGGACGCGAAUGCCAACCCAACAGUGUGAGACCGGUCAUCUUGAGGCCACUGCCAAUUUUGGAGCGGGAAACGGAGGACAACGUCCUGUUCUCGUGUCGCUACGAGUACAGUCCGAGUGCCGGCGGGAGGAACGUCUUCGUGACCUGGCUGAAGGGCGACAUCGUCCUCUUCCUGGGGGAACUGAAGAGGAUCGAUGAUGAGAGAUUCACCAUCAACUACGGGGAUGGGAUGUCAGACUUGACCAUCAGACAGACACGAUUGUCUGACUCUGGACCUUACACAUGCCUCAUCAACUCAGUCCCUCCUACAAACUCCACUGGAAUCCUCAAUAUCAAGUGUCCAGAAGGAUCUUAUGGGUCAGAGUGUAAGGUCUGUCCCUGUCAGCACGGAAGAGAAAUGUGUGACCCCUACAACGGAUGUCUUCCCUGUAAGGACGAACAAGCCUGUAAAAGAGUGCUGAAGACAUUUGACGGCAGCAUUAGGAUAACGUCAGAGAGUUGGAGACCAGAGCUGGCCGACAAAACCACCACAGACAACCAGAAACUGGCUGGUGUUGUAGAGUAUGGCUUGAACGAGAUCUACCGAAAGAGUCCUCUAUCAGGAGACUAUCUUCAUGCCAAGGUCAAACAGUUCAGUGAAGGCAGCGUGGUGAGUGACUUCACUCUGUACUUCCGACCCGGUGCCGAUGUACGGGCUGAGGACGUCGGGGAACAGCUGGACAGGGUAGUCAACAUCGGCGGUCUCAAGGUCGAUCAAACAGCCAAUGGGAUUGAAGGAGACAGUGCAAAGCGUGAUGGGCCUGACAGAAAUGGUGAUGAUGACAGAGAUGGUGAUGGUGAUGGAAGGCCUAUAAAAGCAGGCGCUGUCGCCGGUGCUGUGAUUGGAGUGGCUCUGAUUGUACUGUUGGUGGUUCUGGCGUUUCUUGCCUUCCGUUACCUUCGCUUGAGGAAGCGGCCCACUGAGCCAACUGUGUCUUACGAUCGGGGCACAACCAGCAUCGGAGCAGACAACCCUGUGUACGAGAACAUGCCAGGUGCCAUGGCCGCACCUCUGCCAGGUGUGCAGGUGCACAAGGGGGAGCACCUGAUGUACAUGAACAACCCUCUGUACGAUCAGGUGAACGGGAUGGUGGCACCUGAAAAGGCUGCUGGGAUGGAUCUGUCACCUCCAGGUGCUGAAGCGCCCCCUCCCUACGAGGAGAACCCGGCAGAACUGCAGCAGCUGACAGAGGAGGAGCAGCUCAAGUUGAAGCAGAAGGCAGCCGAGGCAGGUUAUCCUGAGUGAACACCUGUCAAUCAUGGCUACCUGUCAAUCACUGUAACCUGUCAAUCAUGAUAACCUAUCAAUCAUUGUAACCUGUCAAUCAUGAUAACCUGUCAAUCUUGAUUAUCCAUAGACAAUCUAAGCCUUGCAGCUGUUGAAAUAUUUGUGCCUUCUGUCAAUGAAUUAAUCAAAUAAAUUGGCUACACCAGUUUUAUAUAUUACAUUGUAUGUGUGUUUUCCAAAUUUAAAAGAAUGGCUAAACUGGGGGAUUGACAAUGAAAACCCAGUCAGGGUAGUCUGUAAAAUUUUGUUUCUGAGGACAGAAUAUAUUCAGAUACAGCUUUUCCUCUCAGCCUUCUGGAAAUUCAAUAACAAGGAGGAUUGUUGUAGUUUUUUUGCUUGUCCCUCUAAAAAUUUGAUGGAAUCUUAUAUUAGGAAAUAGGGGUGAUUAAAAUGCUGCAUUUGCACUGAGUCUCACUGCCUCAAAUUCAAUGUACUCCAUAAGUCUACCAUAUGAUCCUGACUGUCCAUCACACCCAGCAGUUCAACCAAUGACAGCAUUAUAGCUUAGGUUCUACCAUUGAGAUAUUGCUGAAUGGCUGUAUAUAUUUGCAUUUUUGUGCUUCUGUUUUGCAUUUUACAAUCUAACAGGAUCUUAUCUAUCAGAAAAUUAAAACAGCUGCUCUUCUUGUCAAGUCAUUUGGAGGUACAAUUAAUAAAAAAAAACUAUGCAAGGUCAUUUGAUUAGUACAACUAAUGGUGAUAGAAAUGUAGUAAUUCCAU